AUGUCAUCGAGAAUUGCUGAAAUUCGGCUUGUUAGUUCGCAUCGUGAGGUCUAUGAACCAUGUGAUGAUUCAUUUGCUCUAGUUGAUGCAUUACUCGCUGAUCACACUAAUUUGAUAGAUCACAAGCCAAAGAUUUGUAUGGAGAUUGGAUGCGGAAGCGGGUAUGUCAUAACUUCGCUUAUUCGUCUCCUCGGAGACGAAGUUCCCGGUGUUCAUUAUCUAGCUACCGACACAAACCCGAUAGCUGCAAGAGUGACAACUGAAACUCUAGAAGCACAUGGAGUCGAUGCUGAUGUUAUCUGCACGGAUAUAGCUUCUUGUGUAGAGAAGAGACUUGCUGGCUCGGUCGACGUGAUUGUUGUGAAUCCGCCUUAUGUGCCAACACCGGAAUAUGAAGUUGGAAUCGAAGGUAUUGCCUCUGCUUGGGCUGGUGGGGAAAAUGGCCUGACUGUUAUAGAUAAAAUAUUGCGAAAGGUUAGCGUCGAGAAUCAUGGUUCAGAGAUCGACAGACGAGGAGAAUCUCCUUAUCCUUAA